UUUGUUGUUUAUGUGUAAGAUGUGGCAACGUGCAUAGAGACACAAUACGAGGCUAGCUAUUGAGAGAAAACAGUGCAGUCAGACAGAAGCUUACUCUCUUCUCUGUAGGCUUCAUAUUUUCCUGGAGAUAAUAAAUUCUAUGAUAGGCUGUAUCAGAAUUAAAUAUUCUCUUACAGGAAUCAAUUAUAAAACCAAUCAUGGCUGAAUCUAAAGAAAAUAAGGAUAAUAACCAGACAUCAGAAACUGAAAAAGAUGAAACAGAAAGUUCUGGUUUAGACUGGUUAGCUGGUUAUAUGAAACAAUCAUUGGGUUUGACUGAGAAUAAAGCUGUUAAAGUACUAGAUGAAGUUAGUUUUGAAGGAAUAGCUAAAUAUAUUAAAGAAAAAAAAUGCAAAAAUAUCAUAACAAUGGCAGGGGCUGGUAUUUCUACUUCUGCAGGUAUACCAGAUUUCCGUAGCAAAGGAACUGGUUUGUAUGACAAUUUAGAGAAAUAUAAUUUACCAUGUCCAGAAGCUAUUUUUACCAUUGAUUAUUUUAAGGAAAAUCCAGAGCCAUUCUUUGUUUUGGCUAAAGAACUUUUUCCAGGAAAAUUUAAGCCAACACCUUGUCAUUAUUUUAUAAGAUUAUUACAUGAUAAAGGUCUGUUAUUACGUCACUAUUCACAGAAUAUUGAUACAUUAGAAAGGGUAGCUGGUCUACCAGGAGAGAAACUAGUUGAAGCUCAUGGUACCUUUCAUUCCUCUCAUUGUUUAAUAUGUGAUAAACAAUAUACAUUGGAAUGGAUAAAAGAGAAGAUAUUUAAAGAUACAAUACCAAAAUGUGAUGAAACUGAAUGUGAUGGUGUAGUUAAACCAGAUAUAGUGUUCUUUGGUGAAGCUCUACCAAAAAGAUUUGCUGAAUGUUAUGCAGAGGAUUUUGGUAAAUGUGAUAUGUUAAUAGUAAUGGGAACAUCAUUAAAAGUUCAACCCUUUGCAUCAUUGACCAGCAGAGUUCCUGUAGAAUGUCCUAGAUUAUAUAUUAAUUUAGAGAAAACAGAUGAUUCUUCAGGUAAUUUUCUAGCAGCUUUAAUGUUUGGUCAUAACUUUGAUUUUGAUUCCGAGGAUUGUUACAGAGAUGUGUUUAAACAGUCAACAUGUGAUGAUGGUUGUCUAGAAUUAGCUGAUAAAAUAGGUUGGAAGAAAGAAUUGGAUAAAUUAAUAAAAGAAGAAUAUAGUAAAAUUGAUAAAGAAAAUAAAACAGCAGAUAAAUCUCCAGCCAAGUCACCAUCUACUGCCUCUGGCUCUAAGACAAAAAGUAAACAAAGUUAAGGACUGCCAUAAAUAGACAAUAGUUUAGCAUGGGUUUGACAGAGUAGGGAAGUGUGUCAACAUGUUUUCUUAUUGGUGUAAUCUUUUAAUUCUCUUUAUUUAGACAUCUUUUACAAAUAUAGUCAUUGGUUUUCAGCGUCUGAUCAUUUUAAUUUACAAAUAUUUGUUCUUGUUUAUUUUAUGAUCAUUAUUAAUGAUAUAUCUGAACCACAGAAUAGACCUGAUAAGGAAUUAGCCUCUCCUCAUACCAAAUUAUGAUGUAUUAUAAUUGUUUGUUGUAUAUAAUUUUAAUAUUUAUUAUUGGUUGUUAUGUUUGUAUGAUAUUGAAGUAAUAUAUCAGGUGUUCC